AUGCUCGUAUCUUCUCUUCUCGUCGCCGUGGCUAUCGUAGCCACACCCAUCGCCACAGCUUCGCCCAUAAAUGGCACCUGCAAAGGACUUCCACAGCCAGCGGGUAUCGACUGCGGAAGGACCAGGUGCAUCGGAGAACAAGUCUGCUGCAACCCGACCUGCAGCAUGUGCACCGCCCCCGGUAUGAUGUGCACUAUGCAGGACUGCGGACACCUGGAGGGCCGUCCCGCGGUCGUCAAGCCGCCCACCGUCGUCGCUCCCCUCCCGCACCUCUCUAGCAACAAGUCGGCAACCGAACCCAAGCCUACAAAGCCGGCCACUCGCCCAGCACCCAAGCCUAUGGACGGAGUGGCUUGCGGAAAGAAUACGUGCGCGGCCGGUGAGGUCUGCUGCAACUCGAGCUGUGGCAUCUGCACGCCUCCCGACGGCGCCUGCAUCAUGAUGUUUUGCGGCGAUAGUCAGCUUCCUGACAACUCUGUUCCUUCCUAA